CGUCCGGUGAAUUGUCGACACUGUGAUCUUCAAUGUCCAUACAACGGCCACGUCCGAUUUCGAAAUGCACAGCCACUCAACGUCCAGAGUGAGAGAAAUUACAACUUUGGCCCAAUCAAGUUGAGCGGGAUGAUAGCCAUGCUCUCUGGGAGACCGGACUACAGUGCUUCAUGCCUCAAAGGAUCAAGGGCAAUGAUCCAAUUGCCCAGCUGCUGGGUUAAAUGGGUACGUGGAUUGUACUAUGUGGACUUUGUUUUCACGAAACUAAUCUAUAUGAUAGGAUAUUUCCAUCAGGAGCGCAAAAAGUAA